AUUACAAUUGGACCUUUUUCCAGACUUUCGUUCUCAUGAGGAACAUUGGGAAUUUACGAUUUUUAGAAGGCUGUUACACAAUCAUGAAGUAUUUAGUUUCAGGGUCACCACCACAGUGAAGAUGAGAUACAGGAAAACACAUACUUUCUUCACCCUCCCAGUCUAUUAGGACUUUCAGGUUUAAGGAAGUGAGAUUACUGAGAGGCAGUGUAACAUUAAUGCCAUGUAGAAGUAGAACUGGUUCAUCCAUAGUGUGGCCUUUGCUGCAAUCGUCAUGAGGAGGCCUCUGUUCAGACUGACCCAGAAGAGAGUGCUGCCCCUGUGGCAGAGAGAGAGCAGAACCACCCUGGCCCCUGGUGCUCUACGGCAAAUCCACUCCUGCUCAGCACUGGUCUACCGAAAGCACGGACAUCACUAUGACACAGUCAGAAUGGAGGAGAUGUCCUUGCCAGCCCUGGGUCAACACAGUGUCAGACUGAGGAUGUUGGCAGCACCAGUGAAUCCAGCUGAUAUUAACAUGCUACAAGGCACAUACCCAAUCCUUCCAGUGUUUCCUGCUGUGGGUGGGAAUGAGGGAGUGGGGGAGGUGGUGGAGGUUGGUCGGAAGGUCACCUCUCUGAGACCAGGGGACUGGGCCAUACCGUGGGAUGCUGGCUUUGGUACAUGGAGGACAGAGGCAGUGUGUGAGGCUGAUGACCUUCUCCAGGUCCCCAAGGACAUCUCUCUGCUGGGGGCUGCUACAAUUGGGGUGAACCCCUGCACUGCCUACAGGAUGCUGCAGGACUUUGUUACACUCAAACCAGGGGCCACUGUGAUGCAGAAUGGAUCCAACAGUGCAGUGGGUCAGGCUGUCAUUCAAAUAGCUGCUGCCUUGGGGUUGAAGACCAUCAACAUCAUCAGAGACAGACCCAAUCGACAAGAGUUGGAGGAGGAACUAAAAUCGAUGGGAGCUGAUUUUGUUAUCACUGAAGAAGAGCUGCAAUGUCUGGGUCUGGAUAACGUAAUUCAGGAGCUCCCAAAGCCCAUCCUGGGUUUGAACUGUGUGGGAGGCCGGAGUGGUGGACUUGUCCUCUCUAGUCUUUGUGAUGGGGCAACUUUAGUGACAUAUGGUGGGAUGGCCAAAAAGCCUCUCCAGAUUCCAGCUAAAUCUCUCAUUUUUAAGAAUAUAACGUUACAAGGAUUCUGGAUGACGCAGUGGAAAAGAAACAACAGUAAAGCAGAUGUGACGCAGCUACAGGCCAUGGUGACCUCUGUGUGUGAUCUAGUGAAGUCUGGCCAGCUCCAGCCACCUCAUUGUGUCCAGGUUCCCUUCCACCACUACAGCCAAGCCCUCCAGGCCACAAUACAGGCGCAUCAAAGGAAACAUGUACUGCUCAUGUAGUCACAAGCAAAACAAAAACACAGUAUCCUCCAUCAGGGAAACUUUUUAUUUUGCUUUCUUUUGUCAUUUAUCUUAUUGUGUCUGUUGCAUUAUACCAAAUGAGCACACACACCAAAAAGGAGUAAUUACGCAAUUAUUUACAAAAUGUUUAGUGGUCAUUUUAGAAGCUGUAGAACAUAUAGUAUACAACAACAAAAGGGACAUCUUUCAACAGUCAUAUUUACAGUAUAAAGCACGACAUAAGGGCAGGGAGAGGGUAUACACAGCACAUCGUUUAGCACAGCUCAUACAGCACAGUCAUAUCUGUAGUUAUACCAUUUUUGCAUUCUAAAUUGAAAUGUUCAGACAUGCACAUUAAAUUAUUUUAAACCGUU